CUGUGGUCGGGGGGCCGGGGCCGGAGGUGUGGGGAUCGGUCCCCGGUCCCGUAGCGACACUGACUGCUCCUGGACACGCCCUCCCAUUUCUUUCUCUUUCCCCGUCUUCUCAGUGUGAUUUUCUGGUUAUAAAGUGGAAAAGUGGACUGUAAAGUCGAAUUAAAUACUCAAGACCAUUGAGAGGAUAUCUAGCAGCAAAAGGAAACAACAGGAAAUGCUUAGUUGGCUUUGAUACUAAGAUAAACGCAAUGACUCUACUUUUUUGCAAAGAUUGACUUUGUCUCAGCAUCUACAAACUCUUCAUCAAGAUUGGAUUAAAGCCAGUUUUUAGGUUGGCUUUGGCAAAAAAAAAAGUGAAAAGAGAAUGCUCCACUUUAACCGAUGUCAACAUCUGAAACAAAUAACCCAGAAAUGUUUUUCUUUUAUACAUGUUAAAACGGAUAAACAUGCACAGCUAUAUCUUUCAAGAACCUUUGCACUUGCAGAAUUAAGGAAGUCAUGUCACUCAACUCACUCUCUUGUUGGAGACAAAAAUAUUAUCCUGAUGGGACUGCCUGGAGCUGGGAAAACAACAGUAGGCAGAAUAAUAGGGCUGAAACUAGGUUGUUGUGUCAUAGAUGUGGAUGAUGAUAUCCUUGAAAAAACCUGGAAUAUGAGUGUGUCUGAAAAAUUACAGGAUGUUGGUAAUGAACAAUUUUUAGAAGAGGAAGGAAAAGCUGUGUUAAACUUCACUACAUCUGGAAGUGUGAUUUCCCUUACUGGGUCUAACCCAAUGCAUGAUACUAGCAUGUGGCAUCUGAAGAAAAAUGGAAUAAUCGUAUACCUGGAUGUACCUCUAAUAGAUAUAGUUAAUCGUCUAAAAUUAAUGAAAAUAGAUAGGAUUGUAGGUCAGAAUUCUGGGACAGCUAUGAUAGACUUACUUAAAUUUAGAAGACAGUAUUAUAAGAAGUGGUAUGAUACCCGUGUUUUUUGUGAAAGUGGGGCUUCCCCAGAGGAGGUAGCUGACAAAGUGCUUAAUGAAGUUAAAAGAUACCAAGAUGUGGACUCAGAAACAUUCAUUUCAACAAGACACAGUUGGCCUAAAGACGGUGAGCAGAAGGUUUCGACAAAAUUCUUCAGUGAAGCUGUGAUUGAGGGAUUGGCUUCUGAUGGUGGACUCUUUGUUCCUGAGAAGGAAUUUCCAAAAUUAGACUGUGGGGAGUGGAAAAGAUUAGUAGGAGCAACGUACAUAGAAAGAGCACAAAUACUGUUGGAAAAGUGUAUACAUCCUGCUGACAUACCUGCUGCCAAAUUGGGAAAAAUGAUUGAAACUGCUUAUGGGGAAAACUUUGUCUGCUCAAAAAUUGCCCCUGUCAGGCAUCUUUCAGGCAACCAGUUCAUCCUGGAGUUGUUUUAUGGACCAACAGGAUCAUUUAAAGAUUUGUCUUUACAGCUUAUGCCUCACCUUUUUGCACACUGUAUUCCACCCAGUUGCAAUUAUAUGAUACUUGUAGCAACUUCAGGAGACACAGGGAGCGCUGUCUUAAAUGGUUUUAGUAACCUUAAUAAAAAUGACAAGCAAAGAAUAGCUGUGGCCACAUUUUUCCCUGAGAAUGGAAUAAGUGAUUUUCAAAAAGCACAGAUAAUUGGCAGUCAGGAAGAAAAUGGUUGGGCAAUGGGUGUCAAGUCAGAUUUUGAUUUUUGCCAGACAGCUAUAAAAAGAAUUUUUAAAGAUUCUGAUUUUACUGGUUUCCUUACCGUGGAAUAUGGAACAAUCUUAAGUUCAGCUAAUUCCAUAAACUGGGGCCGAUUGCUUCCCCAAGUAGUUUAUCAUGCUUCUGCAUAUCUUGAUCUUGUUAGCCAAGGCUUUAUUUCCUUUGGAAGCCCAGUGGAUGUCUGUAUCCCCACAGGAAACUUCGGUAACAUUUUAGCCGCAGUGUAUGCCAAAAUGAUGGGAAUCCCUAUUCGAAAAUUUAUUUGUGCCUCUAAUCAGAACCACGUUUUGACUGAUUUUAUAAAAACAGGACAUUAUGACCUAAGAGAAAGGAAAUUAGCACAAACUUUUUCACCAGCAAUAGAUAUUCUUAAAUCUUCAAACCUGGAACGACAUUUACACUUGCUGGCUAAUAAAGAUGGACAAUUAAUGACAAAAUUAUUUAAUCAAUUGGAAGAGCAGCAUCACUUUCAGAUCGAAAAGAAUCUAGUUGAGAAACUUCAGCAGGAUUUUGUAGCUGACUGGUGCUCUGAGGGAGAGUGCCUCGCAGCUAUUCACUCCACCUACAAUAAUUCCGGGUAUAUUUUGGAUCCACACACUGCUAUUGCAAAAGUGGUUGCAGAUAGAAUGAAAGACAAAACUUGCCCAGUGAUUGUCACAUCUACAGCUCAUUACUCAAAGUUUGCACCUGCUAUCAUGCAGGCCUUAAAGAUUCAAGAAAUCAACCAAACGUCGUCAAGUCAGCUUUAUUUAUUGAGUUCAUACAAUGCAUUACCUCCACUACAUGAGGCUUUAUUAGAGAGAACAAAACAGCAAGAGAAGAUGGAGUACCAGGUCUGUGCAGCUGAUGUGAAUGUCCUGAAGAGUCAUGUGGAAAAACUAAUACAAAAUCAAUUCAUAUAAGUUUUCUGAGUAAAAUAAUUUUUUUUUUGUUAAUAACCAUGCAAUAAUAAAUCACAAGAAUUGAU